UGAGGAGCAGAGACUCCGGACUCCUCGCGCAGCUCAGGUCUCCUCGGACUCCGCCCCAACCGAGCUGGAAGCUCAGCGGGCCUCACCCCAGGCUCCGCCAUUAGGGUUGGGGUGGCGGGAUGAGAGUGUGAGUGGCGUUCACGUAGUACCCCUCCGGGGCCCUGACACCUUCCCCAAACCCAGCCAUUAGAGUAACAUUUCAGCCGCCCUUCACCGAAGCCAUAACCAUAUUCGACGUGAGCUCUGCCCAGUAAGGAAUGGGAUCUUCAAUUGGCGAGUGGAUUGGAUUGCAUUCAAUCCAAUAACAGAGGGCUAUCCGCCUCACACGCGGGUGUAGGGCCCUGGUUUAGAAGUUGAGGAAAGGAUAGCGGCCGAACUACAACUCCCAAGAGAUACUGGGGUUAUCCAGCUCUCCUUAUGCACGUGACUUCCUUCUCCCGGAGAGGGAAUCACGCGGUAGGCCGUUGAUGGGGCGGGGCCAUUGGGCUAGCAGGGGCGCUAGUGGCCUAUGCGCAGCACGCUCUGAUGGGCGCGCGGUAGGGGGCGGGGUUAGUCGUGCAGCCCUGCGCGGCAGCGCGCUGGCUGAGGCGGCUGUUGGGGGGCGGGGAAUAUCAGCUAAGGCGACCGUGGCGGCUUAGGCGACCGUGGCGGCUUAGGCACCAGCGACGGGUUGUGACGGCGGCUCCUGGUGCGGCUCGGCGCGCGGCCAGCUCUCAAGUUCGGAACGGAACGCUCGGUGUCACGGUCCCUGCCCGGAAACUUUGCCGCGGAGCCGCGACCUCCUGGCCCGAGCGGCCGGGCAUGAAGCGGCGCUGAGGAGCUGCCGCCGCCGCUGCCGCCGCCUCCGUCGCCGCCGCCGCCAGAGGAGGAGCCGCAGCACCCUGGGCCACGCCGAUGACUACUGCAAACUGUGGCGCCCACGACGAGCUCGACUUCAAACUCGUCUUUGGCGAGGACGGGGCGCCGGCGCCGCCGUCCUCGGGCUCGCGGCCUGCAGAUCUUGAGCCAGAUGAUUGUGCAUCCAUUUACAUCUUUAAUGUAGAUCCACCUCCAUCUACUUUAAACUCACCACUUUGCUUACCACAUCAUGGAUUACCGUCUCACUCUUCUGUUUUGUCACCAUCGUUUCAGCUCCAAGGUCACAAAAACUAUGAAGGAACUUGUGAGAUUCCUGAAUCUAAAUACAGCCCUUUAAGUGGUCCCAAACCCUUUGAGUGUCCAAGUAUUCAAAUUACAUCCAUCUCUCCUAACUGUCAUCAAGAAAUAGAUACUCAUGAAGAUGACCUACACAUAAAUGAUCCAGAAAGGGAAUAUUUGGAAAGGCCUUCUAGAGAUCAUCUCUAUCUUCCUCUUGAGCCAUCCUACCGGGAGUCUUCCCUUAGUCCUAGUCCUGCCAGCAGCAUCUCUUCUAGGAGCUGGUUCUCAGAUGCAUCUUCUUGCGAAUCUCUUUCACACAUUUAUGAUGAUGUGGAUUCGGAAUUGAAUGAAGCUGCCGCCCGAUUUACUCUUGGAUCCCCUCUGACUUCUCCUGGUGGCUCACCAGGAGGUUGCCCUGGAGAAGAGUCCUGGCAUCAACAAUAUGGACUUGGACACUCCUUGUCACCCAGGCAAUCUCCUUGCCACUCUCCUAGAUCUAGUGUUACUGAUGAGAAUUGGCUGAGCCCCAGGCCAGCCUCAGGACCCUCAUCAAGGCCUACUUCCCCCUGUGGGAAACGACGGCACUCCAGUGCUGAGGUUUGUUAUGUUGGGUCCCUUUCACCCCAUCAUUCACCUGUUCCUUCUCCUGGUCACUCCCCCAGGGGAAGUGUAACAGAAGAUACCUGGCUUAAUGCUUCUGUCCAGGGUGGAUCAGGCCUUGGCCCUGCACUUUUUCCAUUUCAGUACUGUGUAGAGACUGAUAUCCCUCUGAAAACAAGGAAGACUUCUGAAGAUCAAGCUACCAUACUACCAGGAAAAUUAGAGCUCUGUUCAGAUGACCAAGGGAGUUUAUCACCAUCCCGGGAGACUUCAGUAGAUGAUGGCCUUGGAUCUCAGUAUCCUUUAAAGAAAGAUUCAUCUGGUGACCAAUUUCUUUCAGUUCCUUCACCUUUUACCUGGAGCAAACCAAAGCCUGGCCACACCCCAUUAUUUCGCACAUCUUCAUUACCUCCACUAGACUGGCCUUUACCAACUCAUUUUGGACAAUGUGAACUGAAAAUAGAAGUGCAACCUAAAACUCAUCAUCGAGCCCAUUAUGAAACUGAAGGUAGCCGAGGAGCAGUAAAAGCAUCUACUGGGGGACAUCCUGUUGUCAAGCUCCUGGGCUAUAAUGAAAAGCCGAUAAAUCUACAGAUGUUUAUUGGAACAGCAGAUGAUCGAUAUUUACGACCUCAUGCAUUUUACCAGGUGCAUCGAAUCACUGGGAAGACUGUUGCUACUGCAAGUCAAGAGAUAAUAAUUGCCAGCACAAAGGUUCUGGAAAUUCCCCUUCUUCCUGAAAACAAUAUGUCAGCCAGUAUUGACUGUGCAGGUAUUUUGAAACUCCGCAAUUCAGAUAUAGAACUUCGAAAAGGAGAAACUGAUAUUGGCAGAAAGAAUACUAGAGUACGACUUGUAUUCCGUGUGCACAUCCCACAGCCCAAUGGAAAAGUCCUUUCUCUUCAGACAGCUUCCAUACCUGUUGAGUGCUCUCAGCGGUCUGCUCAAGAACUUCCUCAUAUUGAGAAGUAUAGUAUCAACAGUUGUUCUGUAAAUGGAGGUCAUGAAAUGAUUGUGACUGGAUCUAAUUUUCUUCCAGAAUCCAAAAUCAUUUUUCUUGAGAAAGGACAAGAUGGACGACCUCAGUGGGAGGUAGAAGGGAAAAUAAUCCGGGAAAAAUGUCAAGGGGCUCACAUUGUCCUUGAAGUUCCUCCAUAUCAUAACCCAGCAGUUACAGCUGCAGUGCAGGUGCACUUUUAUCUUUGCAAUGGCAAGAGGAAAAAAAGCCAGUCUCAACGUUUUACUUAUACACCAGUUUUGAUGAAGCAAGAACACAAAGAAGAGGUUGACUUGUCUUCAGUUCCGUCAUUGUCUGUGCCUCAUCCUGCCCAGACCCAGAGGCCUUCUUCAGACACAGGACACCCACAUAACAGUGUACUGUCAACACAGAGAAGUUUGGUUUGUCCCAUCCAGCAAACAUAUGCAUCCAUGGUAACUUCAUCUCAUCUGCCACAGUUGCAGUGUAGGGAUGAAAGCGCUGGUAAAGAACAGCAUAUGUUACCUUCUUCAGUCAUGCACCAGCCUUUUCAAGUCACACCAACACCUCCUGUGGGGUCUUCCUAUCAGCCUAUGCAAACUAAUGUUGUGUACAACGGACCAGCUUGUCUUCCAGUUAAUGCUGCCUCUAGUCAAGAAUUUGAUCCAGUUUUGUUUCCACAGGAUGCAGCUCUUCCUACUUUAAUAAAUCUUGGCUGUCAACCAUCGUCAUCCAUACCUUUUCAUUCUUCAAAUUCAGGCCCAACAGGACAUCUCUUAGCCCACACACCUCAUUCGGUACAGACCCUGCCUCAUCUGCAGUCAAUGGGAUACCAUUGUUCAACCACAGGACAGAGAUCUCUUUCUUCUCCAGGGGCUGACCAGGUCGCAGGCCAGCCUUCCCCUCAGUUACAGCCCAUUACAUAUGGUCCUUCACAUUCAGGGUCUGGUACAGCAGCUUCCCCAGUAGCCUCUCAUCCCCUGGCUAGUUCACCACUUUCUGGGCCACCAUCUCCUCAGCUACAGCCUAUGCCUUACCAAUCUCCUAGCUCAGGAACUGCCUCAUCACCAUCUCUAGCCACCAGAAUGCAUUCUGGACAGCACUCAACUCAAGCACAAAGUACAGGCCAGGGAGGUCUUUCUGCACCUUCAUCCUUAAUAUGUCGCAAUUUGUGUGAUCCAGCUUCAUUUCCACCUGAUGAGGCAACUGUGAACAUUAAGCCUGAACCUGAAGAGCAGGAACCUAACUUUUCAACAAUUGGUCUACAGGACAUCACUUUAGAUGAUGUGAACGAGAUAAUUGGGAGAGACAUGUCCCAGAUUUCUGUUUCCCAAGGAACAGGGGUGAGCAGGCAGGCUCCCCUCCCUGGUCCCGAUUCCCUGGAUUUGGGAAGAUCCGAUGGGCUCUGACAGUGCUCCCUGCAGCCAUGUGUCUACCACCAUGUACUUCUCAGCAUGUUUCUCUCCUUGGACCGUGGGUUUCCAACUCUGUGGCCUUCAGGACUGGCGCCAGGAGUUGGGAUCACUAUAUGUGGGGAAAUCAGCAUUCCUCCACCUCAGGCCUUGGGUAGAUUGUGAAAGAACAAGAGCAGCAUAGACUGAGCUUUGGGGAAAUGAGCUUUGCUUUUUAUAUUUAAAUAGGAUACUUUUAUAUGAUGGGUGCUUUUGAGUGUGAAUGCAGCAGGCUCUCGCAUUUCAGAGGUGCUGCUUUUGCAAGUGACCUGGUUGCUUAGCUAUGGUUGGUGAUUUGUACUCCUUUAUGGUCAUUUGAAGGACUCUUUAGCUUUGAUGAUUAUUUUUAAAGUAGGAACUUUUGAUAAAACCUUCCAGAGGCAAACAUAAUAGAAAAAAAAAAAAAAUUCUCCCAAGCCCACACCUAUGCCUCAGAAACAGCAUGUCCUAAAGCCUUUCAUAGAUUUAUAGGAAAUAAAGCCAAAUGUAGCUCAUACCUCUUUAUAAAAGUAAACUGUUAAAGUAAGAGGAGACCAUUCCAAUCAUUGAAGUGUUGGAAUAUUAAACGACAUUCCAGAGCAUAGCCUUUUGUAACUUUCUAGGUGAUCUUUCUGCAAUCUCUCCGUACUGACUCCAUGUUGAAAUUGCUUUUUUGCCUCAGGCCUUGGAUAAGAUAGCUACGCGUAAGGUGACUUUGAAAGGUGGGUUGUUUUAGCUUCGUAGCUUUAAUAUCUUGCCAUCCUGCAAACAAGUAGGCUGUGGACUGCUUUUCCCUUUUGUGCCCUCUGGUCUCAGACCUUUUCCACAUGGGAGUAUCCUCAUUUGGCUGCUCUGUAACCUUUGAAGCCACAGUCUCAUGAUGGUUUAGGCAAAUUUGCUGGUUCUAACUAAUUUCUAGAGGCCAUGCUGUGUCAGAAGCUAAGCACAAAUGAGCUAUGCUUUAGAACAGUAGAGAAAAUGCAGGACUCCAGAUGGGAAGCUUUUAAGAUUCACAGUGGCAUGGAAAGCUUAUCCCUCAUUCUGUUUACAGUCUCGUGUCCCGUCUACGUGGCCUAAAACCAGCCUUUUCCCCCAAAGGCUUUGGGGCAAACCCAAACAUGCAGUAGCAUUACAGACCUGACCCUCCACACCAAAGAUACCCUGGUGCUGCUGCUGGUGAGGCUGGUGCCCAAGGCCGGGGCCAGCAAGAAACUCCAGCCUGCUGUCUACCAAAGGAGGUGCCCGAGUUGGGUGCUUUUUCCAAACCCCCCUUUAUCCCUCCCUUUAAUGGGAUUAGGUACCUGUUCUAAGGCCGGGCCCAUUUCAAAGCCCCUGAAGCUUGCAGUAUGUUUUCAAACGAAAUCAUGUAAUUUCAUUUAUUUAGGAAGCAAAUUUUUUGAGUGCCUAUUAUGUGUGACAGUGUGCUGAGCUGGUCAAAGGGCUUGAUGUUGUUACUCCUGGGGAUUAGGAGUUCUGGAUGCCAGGACUCUCUAUUGAAGCCAAGUGGGGCCUAGGCAGCAGGAGCCAGUUCGUUGCCCACCACCUCUAGUCAGCUGGGUAGGAGCUGUUGACCUCCUACAGGAUGAAGUAUGGGUUGUUGUUUUUUUUUUUCUUUUUCUUUAAACCAUGAUGAUUUAUAUUUUUUCCUUAAAACUAGUUAGAGAAAAAUGUCUGUCCUUUAGCAAAUCACUCUGGUCCCUCCUGGAGCUGGGUGUUUUUAGAUUUUCUUUUUAAAGUAAGUUUUAUGUCAGAGUGUGGAUAGUGAGAUUUGCUUCAGGGCCUGUAGUUGGAAGCCCACAGCUUCCUUUGGUUUGGAGGGGUUGUGGGAGGCGGCCCCUGACUCGAAGUUUCAGACAGCUGGUCAGACUUGCCUCCGCCCUCUUGCCCCUGGGGUAGCUGCCUCACAGGAGGUUCUUGUAAGAGUUCCCCUUACAAGACCCUUUGGGGGUUGCUCUGCUGCCCUCAAGAAUAAAAGCCUCUAUGAUCCAGAGUUGCUAUGCACCAAAUUUUGAUGCCUUUUAAAUACCUUGAUGCCUGUAGCACUAGAAAUGCUUUCCUAUUUAAAAUAAAAGUUAAAUUUUAAAAUAGAGCUUUAUAUACUA